AUGUCAAAAUGGUUUAAAUUUAAUGGUAGACAUAACAAUAUUUAUUUUUUACGUUUUUCAUCAAUUGAACGUAAACAAAUUCCAAUUGUUCCAAAAAUACUACAUGAUUAUUUAUUUAAUGAUAUACCAACAAAUCCUUUAGAUAAGAAAAGAUACAAAAUAGAAGACAUUAAAAUUCCAACGUUACCUAAAUUAUAUUGUGAAGGGAAUAUUUUAAAACAUUUUGAAUUACUUGGUGAGAAAUUUAAUAAAAAUUAUGAUAAUUAUUUAAUAAAAGCUUUUUUAACAAAAGAAAUUCCUCCAAUGCCUAAAGAAUGGGCUUUUAUUGAAGGUUGGGUAAAGUAUGAAAAUGACAAACCAAUAAAAAUUGACUAUCCAGAUGAAGAUUUUUUAGUAUUUGAUGUUGAAGUUUGUGUACAAGAUGGAAGAUUACCAACUUUAGCUGUAGCUUUAUCUAAUACUUCAUGGUAUAGUUGGUGUAGUGAAAGAUUAAUAAAAGAUACACCUGUUCCUGUUUACUCAAAGAUUGAUCAUUUGAUACCAUUAGAAGGAUUAGAUAAAGAUAGCAGAGAAAAAAUUAUUAUUGGACAUAAUGUAUCUUUUGAUAGAAGUAGAGUUAGGGAACAAUACUAUGAUAAUGCAUCAAAAAUAGCAUUUUGGGAUACAAUGUCAAUGGCAAUAGCAAUGUAUAGUGUAUCUGAUUCACAAACAACAUUUUAUGAUAAAAAAGAUUAUAAUCCAUCUAUUCAUAGUGAAUAUUCAUGGUUAGAACAAUGGAAAGAAACUGUAACAAAAUAUAACUUAAAAGAUUUAUAUAAUUUUCUUGUACCAUUUGAUGAUGAAAAUCAUAUAAAUGUAGAAAAAGAAACUAGAGAUUUAUUUGUUGUGGGAGACAUUCAACAAAUUAGAGAUGAAUUUCAACGUUUGACACAGUAUUGUGCUACUGAUGUUUUAGCAACACUACAGAUUUAUCAAAAAAUGUACAAUGAGUUUAUGUAUAGAUUUCCUAGUCAAAUUACACGUUAUGGAAUGAUAAAAAUGGCUAAUGUUUAUCUACCAAUAAAUCAAUAUUGGAAUGGUUUUCAAGAAUUUUGUGAUGAUGAAUAUAAAAAAAUUGUUAAUAAAUUACGUAAUGAUAUUAUUGGUUUCAUACAACAAUUGAUUGAUAAUUUAAAAGAUAAUUAUGAGAAAGAUCCAUGGAUGUUUGAUUGUGAUUGGAAUAUAGAUAAAAACAAAAAUUUACCUAAAUGGUUUUUAACUUGUUUGUCAAAUUUUAAAAAUAAUGAUUUAGAUAAUGUAGAAUUGAAGUUUAAGUCAAAUGAAUUACCAAAAGUUUUUGGUGUUUGUUAUGGUAUCUAUCCUGUUCAUUAUAUAAAAAAAUAUGGUUGGGGAUAUUUAAAACCAAUAAAUAAAUCUAAAAAUUCAUUUAAAAAUUUAGAAACUUUUGACAUACCGAAUAUGCCAGAAGAAGAAAUAAUUUCUCUUAUUGAGUCAAAUAAAAGUAAAGGUUUUAAUAAAAUAAAAGAUGAAAGCAAACCUGUAGGGAAAUUUAAGUUACUUUUAUUUUAUCGUCUUCCUCAUCCAACAAAUAGUACAGGAAAUGUUGGAAGUAUUUUUUCAAAAUCACAUCAAUCAUUAUUUAGCGAUAAUAUUCUUUUUUCGACUAGAGGUUCUGAAAUAGCUAAUUGUAUUAUUAAUAAUUUAGCUAAAACAACAUAUUGGGUAAAUUUUCAAAAAAGAUUUAAAGAUGAAUUACCGAUAUGGAAAGAUGAUAACUGUAAUUAUGGAGUAAUUGCUCCAUCAGUUGUUCCUGCAGGAACUAUUACAAGAAGAUCAACUCAUAGACUAUGGCUAACUGUUACAGCUUCAAAAAAAGAUGUUAUUGGUUCUGGUUUAAAAAGUUUAAUCCAAGCUCCAAAAGGAUACAAAAUUGUUGGUGCAGAUGUUGAUUCACAAGAACAAUGGUUAGCAGCAAUUAUGGGUGACAGUAUAAAAAAAAAUAAAUAUAUUGGUGAUUCUUUAUUUUCAUAUCUAGUUCUUAUGGGAAAUAAAAAUGAAGGGACUGAUCUUCAUAGUGUUGUUGCUAAAGAAUCAGGAAUUUCAAGAAAUAUAGCUAAAAUUUUAAAUUACGCCAGACUUUAUGGUUCCGGUCCAAGUCAUGCAGUUUCUGUUUUAAUUAAGCACAAUGUUCCUAUUACUGAGGCUAAAAAACUUGCCCAAAAAACUUUUGAAAAAACAAAAGGUAAACAAGGACUUUAUGUAGAAAUUAACAAAGGUUACAUUAAAUUUUUUUUACCAUGGUAUAAAAAAACAAGAGAUGAAAAUGAAUUUAAAACACUUGUACAUUUUAAUGAUAGAAUUUUUGUUAGAAUAGGUGAUAAUGUAAAUGAAAAUUAUACAACAAAUAUAGUUAAAGAAGAAUUUAUAAAAUACGCUAAAACUUCAUUAAUAAAUGAUUUACCAAAUAGUGAAAUAAAAUUUUUUAAAUUAUUAUUAGAAAAUAUAGAAAAAAAAUGUUUUAAGAAAACAAUAUAUAAAUUAUAUUAUGAUGGAAUUGAAUCAGAUACAUUUAAUUAUUUGAAUAUUAUUUUAGAUAAACCUGAACUAAGAACACCUAUUUUAAAUUGUAAACUUGGUAAUGGUUUUCAUCCAAGACCAAAAUAUUCUACCGGAUCAAUUCAUUUUUUAAAUUUUUUUAGACGUUCUAUUACAAAUUGGAUAAUUCAAUCAUCAGCAGUUGACUUUUUACACAUGUUACUAAUUAAUAUGGAAUGGUUAUGUCAAAAAUAUAAUAUUGAUGCCAGGUUUUGUAUAUCUAUUCAUGAUGAAGUAAGAUAUUUAGUUAAAGAUGAAGAUGUUUAUCGAGCUGCACUUGCAUUAAACUUAAGUAAUCUUAUGGUUCGUGCAGCUAUAUCUCAAAGAUUAGGUAUUCAUCAAAUACCAUAUUCAACGGCAUUUUUUUCACAGGUAGACAUUGAUACAAUAUUAAGAAAAGAAGUUGAUGAAGAUGUUACUUGUUCUGAAAAUUCAACAAUUGAGUCUGGUAUUAGUUUAACUUAUGAUGAAAUUUAUGAAAAAACUAAUGGAAAACUAUAA